CUUUCCGGACGUACAUCACAAACCAACAUGGCCGCGCCCCGACCGGCCGGCAAUGUUUUCAGAUUCCGAGAUGCACGAGCCGUACCGGACCCUGUCAUUGAGCCCGUGCUGGACGGACCGGCCGUGCUGGUGCUUGAUAAUGGCUCUUUCCAGCUCAGGGCGGGAUGGGCCGGUGUGGGGCCCCAGAUGCAGUUUCGCUCGGUGGUGGCCAGGAGCCGGGGUGGGCCCCGCAGUCUGAGCCGUGUGGGCAAUGACAUCCCUAGCUUGGAGCCGCUGCGCUGGCUGCUGCGGACCCCUUUCGACAGGAACCUGCCGGUGAACCUGGAGCUGCAGGAGCUGCUGUGUGAUCACGUGUUCCAGAGACUGGGGGUUGCGUCAGAGGGCUGUGUUGACCAUCCCAUUAUGUUUACUGAGGCGCCAUGCACCCCUCUUCACGUCCGACAGAUGGUGUCAGAGCUUCUCUUUGAAUGCUACCAUGUUCCCAGAGUGUCCUUUGGCAUUGAUGGCCUGUACAGCUUCUACCACAACAAAAAAGAGCCGUAUCCCACCUCGGGACUCAUCGUGUCUUCUGGCUACUAUUGUACCCAUAUACUUCCUCUGCUGAAUGGCAGGCUGGAUGGCAAGAACUGCAAACGGAUAAAUGUUGGAGGAUCCCAUGCUGUGAACUAUCUCCACCGCCUGAUGCAGCUGAAGUAUCCUGGACAUCUUUCUGCUAUUACACUCAGCCGUAUGGAGGAAAUCCUUCAUGAGCAUUGCUACAUUCCAGAUGACUAUAUAGAAGAGCUGAAAAAAUGGCGUUGCCCAGAUUACUAUGAGCAGAAUGUGCACAAGAUGCAGCUGCCAUUUUCUUCUAAGCUGAUGGGCUCUGCAGUCCCAUCAGAAGAGAAGCAGGAGCGCAGGCAGCAGCAGCUUAAACGCCUGCAAGAGCUUAAUGCACGACGCCGAGAAGAAAAACUUCAGCAGGAUCAGGAACGAUUGGAGAGAUUGCUCUAUGUGCAGGAGCUUCUGGAAGAUGGGCAGGUGGACCAAUUCCAUAAAGCUCUGGUGGAACUGAAUAUGGACUCUGCAGAGGAGCUGCAGUCUUACAUUCAUAAACUAAGUGCAGCUGUUGACCAGGGCAGACAACGGUUCCUGGGGGAGACCAUGGACAGUAAACCACAGACACCAGAACCAUUGGGAGGAGAGCAAGAAGACAUGGAAGGGAUUUUAGAGUCCAUGUUUAACGUAGCAGAGUACCACCAGAUGUACCUGGGCACUGAGAGGAUUCGUGUGCCAGAGGUGCUGUUUCAGCCUUCGCUAAUUGGGGAAGACCAGGCUGGGCUGGCAGAGACCAUGCAGUAUAUACUGGACCAGUAUCCACAGGAGGUACAGCAGCAGCUGGUGCAGAAUGUCUUUCUAACAGGAGGUAACGUAAUGUACCCUGGAAUGCAGACCCGCAUGGAGAAAGAACUGCUGAUGAUGAGACCGUUUGGCUCCACGUUUCAUGUCUCUAUGGCGGCAAACCCUGUCCUUGAUGCAUGGCACGGAGCCUCUGACUGGGCACUUCAGAAUUUGGAGGUAGAUGAAGGCUGGAUAAGCAGGAAAGAAUAUGAGGAGAUGGGAGGAGAAUACUUGAAGGAGCAUGUGGCCUCUAACAGUCACACUGCCAUUCACUUGCCCAAACCACCACCACCACGUACUGCCGCGGCACCCAAUAGUCAGGAGAUGGAAAGUGCUCUACAGACAAGUUCUGGCACUGUUCCACCAUAG